CGAGGGUUGUCUAGACUCCCCCGAAAACCGACCAAGCAUUUGUGAGGUGCUGCAUCAGUUAGAGGAAGCUAGAGCUGAACUGAGUGAUGAGCACACCGACACAAACAAACUGGAGCUGUUGCAAGUUCCUCAGACCCAGCCCAGCAACCAGGAGAAUGUUGAGCUUGAGGGACAGCUGAGGAGAAAGGAAGCAGAGUUAGAGAGGCAACUGAGACAGAAGGAAGAGCAGGUAUCGAAAACUCAGCAGCAACUAAAGUCCAGUGAGACAGCCAGAACACAGCUACAAUCCAGGAACCAGUGUGUGAACUCUACACACUCACCCAAGCAUUCUUCAUGAUGAUAACGGUGACAGCCACAGACAGAGCUCACAUGAGGCAGUGUCUCGCUUCCUAGGAGGUGUCUGAGCUCCAACAACAACUAGAAUCUUGUGUGAGAGAGAAAGAGACAGUCAUAGACGAGCUAAGAAGGAAGGAAAGAGAGUUGUCCGAGACUCACCAGCAACUUAGACAGAAGGAGGAACAGCUGCGAUCAAGUGAGGCUCUAGUGGCUGAGUUUCAGAAGGUCCUCCAGCAAAGAGACACAAAUACUCAGAAGACAAAGGGGACUGGGGCCCAGGACAAGGAACUACAAGUCAGUGGAAAAGAGAAGCAGACCACGAUCAGAGACGAGCUAACACAACAACAAAGUGAAGCUCCCGCAAUAGACAAGAGGCUAAAACCAGAAAAUUUCCAUGACAUUCUGGAAGAGAUACUAGAAGUGAAAAACAAGGCGUUCUUGUUUGGGGUCAAAUUGAAACUGCCAGUUGAGGAGGUGGAGGUGAUUCAUUCCCAAUACCUGGAUCCACUUGAGCGUCUGUCACACAUCCUUCUUUCCUUCCUCAAAAAAAUGGAGCCAAGACCAACAUGGAGGGUCAUUUUAGAUGCUCUCACAUCUCCUUUAAUCAACCGACAAGCACUAGCUAGGAAAGUGGAGGCAGCUCAUUUCCCUGACCCUACUUCAACACGUGACGUGGUACCUGAGACUACUACUGACACAGAGUCCACAGCCAACACCACUGCUGCUGGUGAUGACGUCCCAUCCUCUCAACUGAGCCCUGUCACUGACAUCAUUGAGGUGACGGAAAUCGAAAUCGAUGGGUUAGUUGGAGUAGUAGCAGCAGACAUUGUAGGAUUCCGCCAGAGGUUCAACUCCAUGAAGAAGUUAACACUCCAAGGCCUGGCGCAGUGUGGUGUUGCAGUUAUGACGGUGGUGUACAUUCUUACCAACAUUCAAACAGUAGAGCACAGAUUGUUUAUGAAGAAGAAUCUCAAGGAUCUUCGUCAGUGUAAAGACCCUCUGGAAUUGUUCGGACAUCUAAAUUUCUACUGGAACUACCUUGCAUACGACCUGCUGGACCACAUGAUCACGGAAUUGGCCAAGAAACAUACGUUUUUCCAGAGCGUUGCUGGUGAGAUGGCUGUCUACAAGAAAGAUCUGCAGGUGUUCAGGAAAUUCACACCAUUGGUGUUGUUCUGUGAGGCUGAUCCUCGCAUACUGGAUGAAGAUCCACCACCUGGCUUCAGGAGGAAGGUGAUAGAGUUUGACUGGCCUGAGACAGUGACGCUGGAAGAUGUGGAGAACUUCAGGAGACGAUAUGCCAGCAGCUACAACCUUCAGACAACUGCUAUGAUGUUGAACAGCAUCGGUAUAGGAGAGUUGACUGGUGAAUCCUCAGUAUUGGAGAUUUUGAGGAAGAAAAGAGCUCUGAAGGCCCUCAAGGAGUCAAGUCAGGUAGCUCCUACAACUAUCCACAGUCACAGUUCGGCAACUACUGAUUCAGCUCAUAUGAAAAGAGAACCAGUGCAAAUGUAUACAGUUGACGAAGAUGAUUUCUUUGCCGAGAAGCCAUCUGCUGACUACUACUGUCCAGUGACAAAGGGUCUACUACUCCAGCCUCACCUCACUUCAUGUUGUGGUAAUCAUUUCUCUCGGGAAGUUGUUACCAGGAUACAGAGAGAGAAAGGGGCAUGUCCGCUGUGCAAGAAGCCGAGUUGGAGCGCAUUUUUGAACAGACACUUCCAGCGUCAAGUAAAAUCACUGCGUAUGUUCUGCCGUCAUGUGGACAGGGGGUGUGAGUGGCAGGGAGAGCUGGCUGCCUUUCACCGUCACUUGAAGUCUUGUCCCAUGAAAGAUGAUCCACUUAUUAAUGGAGCAAGGGCUAUGACAAGCCAUCAAGAAGCUAAAAGGGGAGUUAUAGGAGAAAAGAAAGUGAAAGUGACAAAUCAGGAACAGCUGAUAGACUGGGAGGACCAUGGCCUUAGACUUCACAUACCGCACAACUCAUUACCAGAUGGUUGCAAUCAGUUGGAACUCAAAAUAGUCGCAUCGAGAACAAGCCACUACAAGCUACCAACUGACGAUGGUAUUCUAGUCAGUACAGUCUAUUCUUUUAGCCAUGAUCUUGGAGACAGAAAGUUGUGUCAGCCAGCCACCCUUGAAAUACAGCACUGUGUUGCCAGCACUUCUUACACUCCACUUUGCAUUGUCCAGUCUGAUGAGAUCGUUCCGCCCUACCAGUUCCAAACUCUGUCAGGGGGGAAGUUUGUCCACGGUGGUCGCUAUGGCUCCAUUGAACUAGACCAUUUCUGCAGCUUCGGUGUCUACUUGCAGUGGUAUGUUGCAUCCCUGAUCUGGGCUCUGAAACCUUGUGCAGCUCUCUACUACACCAACAUUAAGCCUCGCAGCUUCCAUUUCCACCUUUACAUUGCCCCACACUUGAAUGCUGUUUUAAAGGAGAUUGAUAAGGAUGUCAAGGAAAAGAAUAAGGAUUGUGAAUGGGGUGCAGUUUCACUGUUUGAAUUUCUAGAGGAAGAACAAGAGUCCACCAUUGAACUUGACUUACGAAAGCAACCACAGUCGGGAUGGAAAUUGAAACAUCUCAGUCGUAAUAAGAUAAAAGCAGGUGAUGUAGUCAACAUGCGAUCAUACCUGAUUCCUUUCCAAGUCCGAGUGAGUUGGGCUGGAGGAGAGAGAAAGCCAGUGAGUCAACUGGAGUAUGACACUGUUCUUACUGGAGCUGCAGACCAUCAUCUUACUGUUGUUUCUCCGGACUACUGUGUGACUUCCGAGUCCAGCACCUUCAGCACCACUCCCAAUGAUUUCGUGUUUUUCCCGGAGCCAAAGCUCCCUGAUCUGGUGGAAAUAGUUGGUGUGGUUGCUCAAUCUAAGUGGAGGGAAAUUGGUCUUGGACUGGGGCUGGAAAAUUUACUGGACAGCAUACAGGAAUCAAACAAGUACGGUGUUAACCCGGUGCAGAGCUGCAUGACAAAGGUUUUUGACACUUGGUGCACGGGUGAGACAUGUGAGUACUCCUGGAAGAAGCUGGCUGAAGUUCUGUGUUCCCAGAGUGUGAACAUGUCGGGAAUUCUUCCAGAUAUCCGGGCUAAACUAAUUGCUAAAUGCAAGUAUGUAUAAUAUUGCCUGCUUAUUGAAACUUCAAAAGUUGGGUUGUUAUCGUACACGC